AUGAAGGAAGAAAUACAGGGAAUACUGCGAGAGGGGCAGGAUAGUAAAGGAGAGGGAGGAGAGCGGGGAUGGUGGGAUAGAGAGUGCAAAGAGUACAAGAGGGAAGUAAGGAGGGAAUUGAGAAGAUGGAGGAGACAGGAGAAGGGAGGGGAGAGAUAUAAGGAAAUGAAAAGGCAGUACAAGAAACUAUGCGAGAAGAAAAAAGAAGAGGAAAGAGAUAGAUGGACGGAAUGGGCAAAAAUGGCGAGAACGGAAGAACAGGUGUGGAUGGUGAUAAACAGAGAGAGGAAAGGGAGAAAGGGGGUGGAUGACAGUAUAGAGACGGAGAGGUGGAUAGAAUAUUUUAAGGAGAUGCUGGGAGGGGUGGAAGAAAGAGUGGUGAGAGGAAUAAGGGGAGGGAAGAGAGUAACAGGGGAAGAGAUAGAGAGAGGGGAGGUUACGAGGGCGAUAGGAAGAUUAAAGGAGGGAAAAGCGGUGGGAAGGGACGAAAUACCAGGAGAGGUGUGGAAGUUCGGUGGAGAAAGAUUGGUAGAAUUUGUCUGGAGACUGUGUAACAGGAUUUGGAGAGGAGAAGAGUGGAUAGAAGAAUGGAGUGAGGGCUUGAUAGUGCCGGUGAGGAAGAAAGGAGAUGGAGACAAGGUGGAGGAUUAUAGGGGGGUAACAUUGAUGCCGUCUAUAUAUAAGAUAUAUGCGUAUAUUCUGGCGGAAAGAUUGGAGAAGGAAGUGGAAGAGGGAGGUAAGGUACCACAGAAUCAAACGGGGUUUAGGAAGGGGAUGGGUACAGUGGACAACAUCUAUGUGUUAAAUUAUUUGGAAUGCGAGUAG